AUGGGGCUUCAUCCAAUUCCAUUGAAUUCAUCUUCUACAUUUUGUCGCUCCUCUUCUCUGCAUUUUCUGGUUUUCCAACCCCAAAGCCACGUCACUCUCAAAUUCCAAGUUUCCUGUUCGAACCAGACAGCUCAAGUUGACACCCAACGAGUGAAGGUAACUUUAGAAUCAGCAAAGAAGAAAAAGAAGAAGAAGAACAGCCCCAGACCAAGCUUCUUUGAAAAAAUUCGAGGUAAAUGGUCCCUCAAAUUGGGUUCCCAAAGAGAAAAAUUCCCAUGGCAAGAACCAGAAGAACAGCAAGAACAAGAAGAAGAAAAAAAAGUAGAAGAACAUGAGUCUGACCAGUUCCAGAACAAGUCUUCAACGAGCUCUCCUUUGGAUUUUCAGUUUCCAAAGCGUUUAUCUCCUUGGCCCGAGGCAACCAACCCGAGAAAUCCACGGUUUGAUUCUGAAUCUGAUGCUGCUAAGGACGAUAACAAUGGCAAAGGCAAAGGCAAACCGCUACAAUACAGGUUUGGUGAUUCUGUUAUUGAAAGAGAGGGAAUCGUUGCUGAAUCAGCAAGUUCGAGGGAAAGAGUGAAUAGAGAGAGGAAAAGGAGAAGCAACAUAGAGUUGUUGGCGGAGAGGUUGAUUCCUGAACAUGAGUUGCGGAGGCUCAGAAAGAUUGCCUUGAGGACGAUGGAGAGGUUCAAUGUUGGAGUGGCCGGCAUCACUCAGGAAUUGGUGUCUUCCAUUCAUCAAAAGUGGAGGGAUAAUGAAGUUGUCAAGUUCAAGUUUGAAGCUCCUCUUUCUGUUAACAUGAAAAAGGCUCAUCACAUUCUAGAGAGUAAAACUGGAGGUAUAGUGAUAUGGCGAUCAGGCAGUUCCAUAGUGUUAUAUAGAGGAAUGAGUUACAAACUUCCCUGCGUAGAAUUGUAUACAAAAACAAUUCAUGCUAAGGAGAAUGUUGUGCACCGCUCAGAGCAUGUUGGAAGUGGAAGUGAUGGUCAAGUAAGCGUAAAAGAAACAGUUAGAACUACAGAAUCAUUUAUCCGAGACUCUGAAAAGUAUUUGAAGGACAUGACUGAAGAAGAAUUGAUGGAAUUGAGUGACCUUAACCAUUUGUUAGAUGAGUUGGGCCCACGCUUCAAAGAUUGGACAGGCCGUGAGCCAUUACCUGUUGAUGCAGACUUAUUACCUGCUGUGGUUCCGGGAUAUAAAACCCCAUUCAGACUUCUUCCUUAUGGGGUAAAGCAUUGUUUAAUCAACAAGGAAAUGACUAACUUCCGUAGAAUCGCAAGAACAAUGGCUCCCCAAUUUGCCCUUGGUAGAAACAGAGAACUGCAAGGUCUGGCUAGUGCUAUGGUGAAGCUGUGGGAAACAAGUGCUAUUGCAAAAAUAGCCAUCAAACGUGGUGUUCCCCAUACAUGUAAUGACAGGAUGGCUGAAGAACUCAGGAAAUUGACUGGGGGAACUCUACUUUCCAGAAAUAAGGAAUAUAUUGUAUUUUACAGGGGCAAUGACUUCUUGCCUCCUGCUGUCACCAAUACACUGACUGAGAGACAGAAACUAACCCUCCUCCAACAAGAUGAGGAAGAGAAAGCACGACAAAUGGCUUCAUCUAUUACUGUAUCAAAUAGCAAAGAAUAUCAACUGCCUUUAUUUGCUGGCACCCUUACUGAGACUCUGGCAGCAACCACCAACUGGGGACACCAACCAAGUAAACAAGAAGUUGAGAAAAUGAUGAGAGAUUCUGCCUUGAAUAAACUUACUUCUUUCAUCAGAAACCUUGAGAAGAGACUAGAUCUAGCAAAAGCAAAGAUCAGGAAGGCUGAGAAGGCUUUAGCAAAAGUGCAACGUGGUCUGGACCCAUCAAAUCUUCCAACUGAUUUGGAAACGUUAACUAAUGAAGAGAGAUUUUUAUAUAGGAAGAUUGGUCUGAGUAUGAAGCCAUUCUUAUGUCUAGGGAGACGAGAUGUUUAUGCUGGCACCAUAGAAAACAUGCAUCUACACUGGAAAUAUCGCGAGUUGGUGAAGAUAAUUGUAAAAGGCAGAAAUUUAGCCCAAGUUAAACAUAUUGCAAUAUCUUUGGAAGCUGAGAGUGGUGGGGUGCUAGUAUCUGUAGAUAAGGAUACUACCAAAAGCUAUAUAAUUAUUGUUUAUCGCGGCAAGAACUAUUUUCGUCCACGUGCUCUGAGACCCAAAAACUUGUUGACAAAAAGACAGGCAUUGGCUCGUUCUAUUGAGCUUCAAAGACGAGAGGCACUAAAACAUCAUAUCUCAGACUUAGAGGAGAGAAUUGAGUUGCUGAAAUCUGAGCUAGAGGAUAUGAAGAACGGAAAAGAGAUUGAUGGUGACGAAACUCUUUACUCAACUCUGGAUAACCCCGUUUUUUCAGAUGAUGAUGACUUGGAAGAGAAUGAAUGGAGCAAGAUUUAUUUUGACAAAGAUGACAAUGGUGAUGAGGACGAGAAACAUUAAAAUAAGCUACUUGACUUGGUAUAGUAAAGCAUUGCAUUUGCAAUAGCUGCGGAGGUUGAGCAUCGUUGGAUGACUGAGAAGACGAAGAAGAAUGUAAAGUUUAUGCUACAGAAGAUGAUAGAUAGCACUGACACUUAGAGCCGUGUGAUGCAUCCCAUAGGAAACUUUUUCAAGAUAGUAGGUGAACUGAGACUAUUAUUGUUGCUUCCCUUGUGGGCAUCAUUUAUGUUAGGGGAAUUCGAUCUUACCUCCAAGCAGUAGGAAUACCUAAACGUGAUGUAACAUGUGAAAUGGUCAAUUCAAAUGUAUGAUUGAUUAAUUGCGACCGUUUAUUGUAUUAUCAAUUUUGUUGUUAAAGCAUAAAACUGCUAUUAAAUGUUCAUAUUGCUGUAAAUAUAUAUUUUUUU